AGCGACGCCUGCCCAGAAGGUCGAGAGGCUUUCGGCCCCGCCCCGGAAGAUAAGGCGGCUCGCAGGCGCUCUUGGCUCUUCUUUCGGCCGCGCUCGGCAGCAGACCACCGCCAUGGGCCGCGUGAUCCGUGGGCAGAGGAAAGGUGCCGGCUCUGUGUUCCGCGCGCAUGUGAAGCACCGCAAGGGCGCCGCGCGUCUGCGCGCCGUGGACUUCGCUGAGCGGCACGGCUACAUCAAAGGCAUCGUGAAGGACAUCAUCCACGACCCGGGCCGCGGCGCGCCCCUCGCCAAGGUUGUCUUCCGGGAUCCGUACCGGUUUAAGAAGCGGACGGAACUGUUCAUAGCUGCCGAGGGUAUCCACACCGGCCAGUUCGUGUACUGCGGCAAGAAGGCCCAGCUCAAUAUUGGUAAUGUGCUCCCGGUGGGCACCAUGCCCGAGGGCACCAUUGUGUGCUGUCUGGAGGAGAAGCCUGGUGAUCGGGGCAAGCUGGCCCGAGCCUCCGGGAACUAUGCCACUGUCAUCUCCCAUAACCCCGAGACCAAGAAGACCCGAGUGAAGCUUCCCUCAGGCUCCAAGAAGGUCAUCUCCUCGGCUAACAGAGCUGUGGUUGGUGUGGUAGCUGGAGGUGGCCGCAUUGACAAGCCUAUCCUGAAGGCUGGCCGUGCCUACCAUAAGUAUAAGGCAAAGAGGAAUUGUUGGCCACGUGUCCGGGGUGUUGCUAUGAAUCCUGUGGAGCAUCCAUUUGGAGGUGGCAACCACCAGCACAUCGGCAAACCUUCUACUAUCCGAAGAGAUGCUCCUGCUGGCCGCAAAGUGGGUCUCAUUGCUGCCCGCCGGACUGGACGUCUCCGGGGAACCAAAACUGUGCAGGAGAAGGAAAACUAGGGUUGGGGGGUGCUCAGUAAAGCCUGUUUUUGUGCUACUAA